CUGUAUUUGAUGCUAAGCUAUUGGUCAAACAAUAAUACAUGUAACAUUUAAUUCUAAUGCAGAAAGGAACAGGCAAAUGGACAGCCAUCUCUUCACUCGACUUGGGCAUUCCUGUCACACUGAUCGGUGAGUCUGUGUUUGCACGUUGCCUUUCCUCUUUGAAAGACGAGAGAGUAACAGCUAGCAAGAGCUUGAAAGGGCCGAGUACGACCAAAUAUGAAGGUGACAGGAAGGAAAUGGUGGAGCACAUCAGACAGGCUCUGUAUGCAUCCAAGAUUAUCUCGUAUGCCCAGGGCUUCAUGCUGCUGAGAGAAGUGGCAAAGGGAUACAUGCAAUUAACACUCAACUAUGGAUCAAUUGCUCUCAUGUGGAGAGGAGGCUGCAUCAUUAGAAGCACUGCUUUCGCCUUUUAUGAUGGCUACAGAUCAGGCAGCUUACCAGCUAAUCUCAUCCAGGCACAGAGAGAUUACUUUGGUGCUCACACGUAUGAGCUGCUUUCCAAACUCGGUCAAUUCAUCCACACCAACUGA